UCCUUACUAAAAUAAUUAAACAAUGUCUUCCAACGCUUCCCUAUUGCUUAUUACAGUUGUUGCACUUAUCCUUUCAGCUCAUGCUGCCGAUCCUGAUAUCACCUCUGACUUUAUUGUUCCUCCAGGGACCACAUUAAAUGCUGACUUCUUUACCUUUAGAGGAUUUAGAGGAUCCCUUAUGGGUAAACCAAGGGAAGGUUCCUUCCUUGUAACAAAGGCAAGUAAAGUGGAAUUCCCAGCCCUUGAUGGACAAAGUGUGUCACUAGCUGUUCUUCAAUUUCCACCCAGGGGUUUGAAUCCACCACACACACACCCACGUUCUGCAGAGCUCUUAAUGGUUUUACAGGGAACAUUAAAGGUGGGGUUUGUUGAUUCUAACAAUAAGCUCUAUACUCAACUUUUAUACAAAGGCGACGUAUUUGUUUUCCCAAAGGGACUUGUUCACUUCCAAGCUAACGUGGACCUCACAUAUCCUGCUGUUGCCAUAUCAGCUUUUGGUAGUGCCAAUGCUGGAACCGUUUCUUUACCCAAGACACUUUUUGGUAGCGGUAUCUACCAAUGGUUUGGUAGCGGUAUCCACCAAUGGAUUUUGGCACAGUCCUUUAAAACUGAUGUUGGGACCACUAAAAAGCUUGUUGCUGCCAAUAGUGCCUGAUUAAUUCGCCCUUUCAAUCUACACUUCAUUCAGUUUGCACAAUCUUAAAUAAUUGCAUGUGAUAUACAUAUGCACAUGUAAGAUAUUUAAGUACUUUCAAAUAUUAUUGGAGGUGAAAUUGUUGAUGCUUCUAUCAAUAAUGUUGUUAUUGUAAGUUUGCUCUUUAAAAUAAUGAUGCCUUAAAUAAUGAAAUAAAGUGUUUAGUUC